AUGGACCCCAAUCACUGCCAGUCUUCCACCAAUUAUGAUAAGAACUUAAAAAAAUCUACAGUUGAUGACGAAGCUUUUUUCUGGGAGCUACCAACAAGCCACGUGGUAGCAGCGACCGGCCUCGUUGGUAUCUCGCCGUCUUUACAUAAUCGCCGUCCCCACGACGCUUGCACCAAAAAGGCGAAAGGGGAUUCUUUCGGUCCCAAUUCACCAGAAACUCGCCGGAAAAUGACGACGUACGGCACAAUUCCGACCUCAUCAUCAGGAGGCACAAACCUCGAAUACCUUUCCCGCGCAAAAGAAAGACUCAAAUCUGGCCUAAGCACUCGUCGGCCAUGGAAGGAGAUGUUCAAUAUCCGAUCAAUCAACCUUCCGUCGAGCUUCCGCGACGCAAUCGGACGGAUCAGAACAAACAUAGGGUACUUCAGCAUGAACUACGCCAUCAUAGUGCUAAUAAUUCUGUUUCUGAGUCUUCUUUGGCACCCGAUCUCUAUGAUUGUGUUUAUUGUCUUGAUGGCCGUUUGGUUGUUCUUGUAUUUUCUUCGUGAUGAGCCGUUGAUGAUUUUCGGCCGUACGAUCGGUGAUCGUGUGGUGCUGAUUGUGUUGUCGGUUGUCACAAUCGUUUUGCUGCUGCUGACUCGCGCUACGUUGAACAUACUGGUGUCGCUGUUGGUUGGAGUAGUGGUGGUGCUGAUUCAUGCGGCGUUGAGGAAGACUGAUGACUUGUUCUUGGAUGAAGAGGCCGCUGGGACUGGUGGCUUGUUAUCCACUGCUUCUCCUUCUUAGAAGAUGAAUGAUGGCGAGAUUCUUGGAGGUGCAAGCUCGUCAGGAAGUAAGGGAAACAAAUAAAGUUGCGUAAAUUUUAGCUAAAAAGGGGGCAAUAGCCAAUGAAGACUUGUUUGUUUUUUUGGACCCUAUGAAAUGUAUUAUAACCAGC